AUGCCGGCCGGCUUUCAGCAACUUGGAGGGGAGACAGUGACCGGAACUCUUGCUCUGUCGGUCUUCACGGCUGUGCUGGGAUCUCUGGAGUUUGGAUACAAUAUCGGAGUCAUCAAUGCGCCACAGAAGAUCAUUGAGGCUGAGUAUAAUGCCACUUGGAUUCAUCGGUAUGGAGAGAACAUCCCCUCUGGGACCCUCACCUCUCUGUGGUCCCUCUCUGUCGCCAUCUUUUCAAUCGGGGGAAUGCUCUCCUCUUUCUCUGUGGGCAUCGUCUCCGAGUGGCUGGGCAGGAGGAAAGCCAUGCUUAUAAACAAUUUAUUUGCAUUCAUUGGUGGAAGUCUGAUGGGGCUUUCCAAGUUGUGUCGUUCUUUUGAAAUGAUGAUACUGGGCCGUUUUAUAAUUGGGGCAUUUUGCGGGCUAUCCUCUGGUUUGACUCCCAUGUACGUUGGGGAGAUUGCUCCUACAAGUUUACGUGGGGCACUGGGCACUUUACACCAACUGGCUAUUGUCACAGGGAUUCUAUUAGCACAGAUCCUAGGUCUUGAAUCGUUAUUGGGGAGUGCUGAGUUGUGGCCGGUCCUUCUCGGGCUCACUGUUGUGCCCACUGUAUUACAAAUGGCACUGUUGCCUUUUUGUCCUGAGAGCCCAAGAUUCCUGUACAUUGUGCGCUGUCAGGAGCACCAGGCCAAGAGGGGCCUGAGGAGGUUAACGGGGAGGCAGGAGGUGGGUGAUAUGUUGUCUGAAAUGAAGGAAGAGAAACGGAGGAUGGACAUGGAGCGGAAGGUGUCCAUUUUAGAGCUGUUUCGGUCUCCUACACACCGUCAGCCAAUGAUCAUCGCCAUCAUGCUGCAGCUCUCGCAGCAGCUGUCAGGAGUCAAUGCAAUAUUCUACUACUCUACCAGUAUCUUCAUCAAAGCUGGAGUCCAGAGUCCAGUCUACGCUACAAUAGGGGCAGGCGUGGUCAACUGCGCCUUCACUGUGGUCUCGCUCUUCUUGAUUGAGCGAAUGGGACGGCGGACGUUGCACAUGUUAGGACUGGCCGGCAUGUGUGUGUGUGCCAUCGUGAUGACCAUAGCUUUGGCUUUACUGGAAAAUGUUCCCUGGAUGAGUUACAUCUGUAUGCUGGCUAUUUUUGGGUUUGUGGCAUUUUUUGAGGUGGGUCCAGGCCCUAUCCCAUGGUUCUUUGUGGCGGAGCUGUUCUCGCAGGGUCCUCGGCCGGCGGCCAUGGCUGUAGCAGGCUGCUCCAACUGGACAGCCAACUUCAUCAUCGGCAUGGGAUUCCAGUAUGUGGCAAAUGUUACUGGACCCUACGUGUUCCUAAUUUUUGCAGUACUCCUGCUUUUCUUCCUCGUCUUCACGUUUUUCCAUGUCCCAGAGACCAGAGGGAAGACAUUUGACCAAAUUGCUUCCAACUUCCAUUCAUCAAUGAGACGAGUCAGUCUGGACAUGGGACUCAACAUGGAUACAGACAGAGAGAUUGAAAAAGACAGCACUGAACUGGACUAUCUGGGUGACACCAGUACCCACUGA